UUCCCAAAAUCAGAAAAUAAAUUCACGAAUCGAGGGAAACCCUAGGAGAGAGAGGAGAGAAUGGGGAAGAAGAAGAAGAGAGCAGCGAAGGUGUUUUGCUACUACUGCGAGAGGGAGUUCGAGGACGAGAAGAUUCUUGUUCAGCACCAGAAGGCCAAGCACUUCAAGUGCCAUGUCUGCAACAAGAAGCUCUCCACCGCCUCUGGCAUGGCCAUCCACGUCCUCCAGGUCCACAAGGAGACCGUCUCCAAAGUUCCUAAUGCUAAUCCCGGGAGAGAAUCCACUGAAAUUGAAAUAUUUGGAAUGCAAGGAAUCCCAGAUGAUAUUCUAGCUGCCCAUUACGGAGAGCAAGAUGAAGAUAACCCUUCAAAGCUAGCCAAAGUCGAGGUCCCACCAACUAACGUUGUUGGUGUGAUGCCUCCUGGAUCAGUGGGCAUGGGGUUUCCGCCGCAAUCAACAUUUGGUGCAAUACCACCAAUUUACAAUUCUGCAGUUGCAGUCCCUCCUGGUUGGCCGGUUCCUCGUCCACAGCCUUGGUUCCCACAGCAUCCAGCAGUUCCUGUUCCUCCUGCUGCACCCUUAGGACUGGCACAAAGGCCUUUGUUUCCCAUACAAAAUGUGACACCUCCUCUGCCAUCUGCUACACUUCAACCUUCAUUUCAAACUACACCACCUGGACCUCUCUCAUCUAGUCCUACUCCUGUAUCUCAGCCCUUAUUUCCUGUUGUUGGUACUGCAAGUAUUCCUAGUCAAAAUUCACAAGUUACUGCAGCUGCAUUGUCGGCCCCCAUUACAUCAAGCACCCCUUCAGAACUCAAUAACCCUUCAUACUCCAGUAUUAACACAUCUAUGGUAAAUGGCUACCAUGCUCCAAGUAUUCAAGCAGGGACAUUAGUCAGUUCACAUACUUAUGCUUCCGGUUCAAACACCAGUGGCCCAUCGAUUGGACCCCCACCGAUGAUAGCAAACAAAGCUCCGGUAAUCCAGCCAGCAAGUAAUGAGGUCUACCUUGUAUGGGAUGAUGAGGCGAUGUCCAUGGAGGAAAGAAGGAUGUCAUUACUGAAGUAUCAGGUGCAUGAUGAAACUAGCCAGAUGAACUCGGUUGAUGCAGCCAUUGACAGGAGGAUAUCUGAGAGCAGACUUGCUGGUCGAAUGGCUUUCUAGCUUAACCGUAACAUAGAGGGUUCAGCGUCGAUGCUCCUUCAUCAUCCUUCUUAGAUUAACACACACACAAGGGGAUUUUACUCCCUGACCUUUCCUUCUUUAUUGGUUCAGGUCACUGGUAUCAUCCAUCCCUGUUGUAUGACCCUUCUUGUUAGAAGGGAGAUUAGAUAAUAGGGAGCCAUUCUUCCCCCUCAAAGCAGUAUUUUGAACAGAAAUAGGAAUUUUUGGAUGUUCUUUUUUAUCUUGGAAAUUUAUUCUAAAAUUCGGUAUACAAAUUUGCUUAUUUGUUGUUAUUGAUGCAAGUCCCCAAUUCCAUGUAUUAUUUUGAGAUA